AUGCUGCCGCCGUUUGCUCUGAGGACCACCCACCGCUCCCCCAAUGGCGGUCCAGCACACGGCACUCCAGCACCCAAAACGAAGUCCACGCUUACACACCGACUCGCUCCACGUUUGCAGAAUGGUGAGUUGCGUGCAUGCAUCCAGUCCGCUUGCAUGCGGCGAGUACCGCAUACAUCUGCAACGGCUUCUUGAGCUCUGUAAUACAUGGUCAAGCAGAACUUCCCCAGCGCCAAGACGCCUACAAGAGCGCCGGAGGGCCGCAGCGAUAUAAGACUACCGCUGCGUCUCCUCGGACAGCAUCGCUCUCCACCAGACUUGUUCAAACAGUCACGCCCGCAGCGCGAACCCAACAAGCAGUGAGAUCCUCCACGCCAAAGAACCCGCACAUAUGUGAGUCUGGAUGGUGUAUCGGAACUUGACUGCUGUGCUGCGUGCUCAUCAAGGCGGCUGCUCGUUCUGGAACAGACCGUCAUCGUCAACAUGUCAACGCCAAGAACCGCACUGCUGCGGAGAAUGGAGGCAAGACGUCCAUUCCCUUGGCCCAAGAGGAAAAGGAUCGCAUGCACGAUUCCUCGUCCGAGAUGGAUGAGACAGAAGAUACGGCUAGCAUGCCCAGUACGCCAUCGACAAGCAGUCGUAUGCGAGUGGCCAGGAAGGAACUUUAGAUGUUUGAAAAGAGUCUAUUGCUGACCAGAGCAUUGUCGCCUCGGCAAUCGAAGGGUCGAAGCGCGCGCGAUGAGAAAGAAGCUACACGACGAGCUCCUCAAGGACUUAGCGCGUUGGUAUUUGGCGCUCAAUCCGGCUGUAUGCCCUGGAUGACUGAGCUACGACGUUAUGUUCUCUCCUCCCAGGACCACUUGAAGAGUUGGAUGAGUUGGGAGCCGUCCCCGAAGCGGACAAAAUUUACGGCGAAAUGAAAAGUGAAGGCCGUCUAGCAGGGAACAUUUGACGAGAAGCUGUCUCGCUGACGGUAAAUAUUAUGUCCAGCGGUGACGCGACAAAUGGUCCAGCUCUCUAUCGAUCUUAUGUCAGUCAGAGCUUCUCCACGUCUGCUGAGACUGCGAAACUCAUCGAUGAUCAAGCACCAAUUUCACAGGACCAACGCGAACAGCAUUUCGAGCUGCGCGAAAGCCGCGUCGAACGAAGUUGGACAGAUGGCUGCAAACUUCCGCUCAGGUGCAGGAAGUCGUCUUGACUCUCUCAAUUCGAAACUCGAGGAGUUGGCGUCAGUUUCGUCCAGACUUGGUUCGUCGAGCAGCUGCAAAAAUUUGACGCUCUCGUGCCUUUCCACUUCACCAGAGGAUUAUACGAAGCGCGUCACAAGCGCCGUGAGCUUUGGCACAGCGAGACCAGAAAGCUGAGUGAGUUGAUGCACCUAAUCGGAGAUAGGAGAGGGCCCCCGCAUGAGCGCUGAUCGCAGUCGCCUCCAAUUUGUUUCACAGUCGAGGAGCACAAGGCUCGCAUUGCCAAGCUCAAGCGCAACUUUGCAGAUGAGCAAAAGCUAUGUCUCGAUCAGCUCGAUAACAGCCCUCAAGACCAUCAAGCUCAACAAAGCGAGUACAGGGCUUUGCGCGCGCACGCCACCGCAUAG